AAAAACAACACAACAAAAACAAAUCCUUGCAAAAUUGCAUUAAAAAGUAAUUUUAUUUAGUUUUCGUACAUUAUCGGAAGUGAAAGGAAGCAAAGAAUGUCCUUGCCACCAGCUCUAUUAGCUCGCCUUGCUAAGAGAGGGAUAAUUGACAGUGCAAAAGAACCAGAAAACAUCCAGAAUGAAGAAAUCAUCGCUGAGGAUUAUGAUGAAGUCGAGGAGCCAGCUCAGUAUGAUUUUGAACCGGUUAAAAAGCCUCAGGAUAAUUUUUGGAGUGAGAGCUUGAAACGUCGGAUCACGGAAGGGAAUAAUUUGGGAUACAAGGGAUGCCCCAAUAAGUACAACAUCUUCCACCGAUGCACCCUUUUCUGCAUCAAUCACUGGGGUGAUGGAAUAACUCAGCCAUCGGAGGAGUACUUGAGACGCAAGGAGAAGCUCCUGAAGAGGUAUCCUCUCCCGAAGAAUUGGACCGAAGUGUUUGAUGAAGGAUGUGGAGCUCAUUAUUACUGGAAUUCUCAGGAUGAUACAGUCUCGUGGCUUCCACCAACACAUCCAAAGUCUCAUAUAUCAAAAAGUGCAGCAGCUUUGAGGAAGGAACUCGAUGAGGUGUCUCCAGAAGAGGAUUUGGAGAGUUCUCUGCCACCAAUUCAAUCGCAAACAGACACAGAGAUGAUCCCCCUUCCACAGUCUGAAUCUGAUUAUGUUAAAUCCCAAAUGCCUCCGCCUAAGAAGUCCAAAUCAAGGGAUCUCGAGAAGGCGCUUAAAUCCAAGUCUGAGCGUCGUUCUCGUGGCUACAAGCCCCCUAAGGAUCUCGAUGUUCUCGAUCCAAUGGAUCCGGCAUCGUAUUCAGACACACCACGAGGAACUUGGGCAUCUGGUCUUGAUCAUGAGGAUAAGAAAUCAGGGGUUGAUACCACAGCUUCAGGGUCUUUGUACCAAAUGCGACCAUAUCCCAGUCCGGGGACAAUUUUGAGGAAGAAAGCGCAGGAAUCAGGAGGAGGAGGAGGAAAUUCUGAUGAGAGUGAUGAAGAGAAAUGAAUAAAAUUAUGCUUUUAAUUAGAA